AGGAACAUAUCACAUCACCAAACAUGUCGGUUAUGACGUUUGGUAUGAAAAAAUUUAAUCCAACUGCACCAGACAAAGGAAGUUUCCCAUUGGACCAUGAGGGUUUGUGCAAAAAAGAAAUGAUCAAGUACAUGAUGUGUAUCAAUCAGAACAAUAAGGAUAACAGUGCAUGUCGUCAGCAGGCCAAGGACUAUUUAGGAUGCAGAAUGGACAAUAAUUUAAUGAGCAAAGAAGAGUGGUCAAAAUUGGGCUUUAGUGAAAGUGAAGAUACAAUAGAACAAACAAAAAGUAACAAAUGAAAGAAUUAGUGUGAUAUUCUGAAUAUUAUUGGUUCUAUUUACUUUCUAGUUUCUAUUUAAAUGUAUCCUUUGUUACAAUAAACCAGUUUUUCGUUUUCAAACUUUUGAAUAAUAUAUUUCACCUUCUCACAUACCGGUAGAUUAUAAAUCUAGGAUUGAUUCCAAAUUUAAUAAGUAUUGUGUGUUGGAUCUCCUUGCUUCCACAUCACAGGAAGAAUUUUGUGGAUAAUUCGCCUCCGCAAUAGAUUUUGUCGAUAAAUUGAUUCGAAGAAUGCAUUCAGCAAAAAACGUGCUGAUCUGUUGUACUGGCAGUGUGGCCACAAUACAACUUCUGUCAAUAAUCAGCGAUCUAUCCAGCGCUUUCCAAAAACUCUCGACUGUCCUGUCAAUAAAAGUUGUCCUAACAAAAGCAGCGUGCCAUUUUGUUGAUGUGAAUGAAGUGAAACAGAAAGCAGAAGUUUUCGUUGACGCGGAUGAGUGGAGUCAAUGGGGCAAGAGGGGAGAUCCAGUCCUGCAUAUUGAACUGGGAAAAUGGGCGGAUCUACUACUGAUUGCCCCCUUAGAUGCAAAUACAUUGGCGAAAAUUGCAAAUGGUUUAUGUGACAAUCUAUUGACAUGCGCUGUACGGGCUUGGGACCUGACCAAACCACUACUAUUCUGUCCAGCAAUGAACACUAGGAUGUGGGAUCAUCCGAUUACACAAACCCACAUUACAACUCUGAAAAGCUGGGGCUACACCGAGAUACCGUGUAUUUCGAAAACGCUCAUGUGUGGAGACACCGGCAUGGGAGCAAUGGCACAUGUACCAACCAUUGUUCAAACAGUUGUUGAAGUUUGUAAAAAUAAAUAAGGUACUUUUCUAUAAAAAAUGUGUUUUCAAUUAUAUUUUUUUCUGAUAGAGAUGAAAAAUCAGGGUAGAUUUGUAACAUUCAUUGUCAUUAAAAAAUAAUGAAGUUUUGGUGUUACAAUACCGGAACUUAAAUCUAAGAUCCGCAGUCUAGAAAUAUCCAGGAAAGUUCAUGCUGCACUGAAUAUCCAGCUUUUCAGUAGGAUACAGUAGGACUACUUAAUUUCUAGUCUGCGGAUCUUAGAUUUAAGUUCCGGUAUUGUAACACCAAAACUUCAUUUAAAAAACUUUUUUUUAAUAAACUUAUUACAUCAAUUAUUUAUUAAAGUUGAAUGUUGCAUCCAACUAAUACUGGAUAACUAUAAAACAAUAAAUUGUUGCAACAAUAAAUUAUUAGAUUAAAAUAGAAUACUAUUAGAAGGUUAAUAAAAACAAUAUGAAAACUU